AUGGGUCAUGCUUUUGAGUCGACUCACUGCAUGGGUCAUGCUUUUGAGUCGACUCACUGCAUGGGUCAUGCUUUUGAGUCGACUCACUGCAUGGGUCAUGCUUUUGAGUCGACUCACUGCAUGGGUCAUGCUUUUGAGUCGACUCACUGCAUGGGUCAUGCUUUUGAGUCGACUCACUGCAUGGGUCAUGCUUUUGAGUCGACUCACUGCAUGGGUCAUGCUUUUGAGUCGACUCACUGCAUGGGUCAUGCUUUUGAGUCGACUCACUGCAUGGGUCAUGCUUUUGAGUCGACUCACUGCAUGGGUCAUGCUUUUGAGUCGACUCACUGCAUGGGUCAUGCUUUUGAGUCGACUCACUGCAUGGGUCAUGCUUUUGAGUCGACUCACUGCAUGGGUCAUGCUUUUGAGUCGACUCACUGCAUGGGUCAUGCUUUUGAGUCGACUCACUGCAUGGGUCAUGCUUUUGAGUCGACUCACUGCAUGGGUCAUGCUUUUGAGUCGACUCACUGCAUGGGUCAUGCUUUUGAGUCGACUCACUGCAUGGGUCAUGCUUUUGAGUCGACUCACUGCAUGGGUCAUGCUUUUGAGUCGACUCACUGCAUGGGUCAUGCUUUUGAGUCGACUCACUGCAUGGGUCAUGCUUUUGAGUCGACUCACUGCAUGGGUCAUGCUUUUGAGUCGACUCACUGCAUGGGUCAUGCUUUUGAGUCGACUCACUGCAUGGGUCAUGCUUUUGAGUCGACUCACUGCAUGGGUCAUGCUUUUGAGUCGACUCACUGCAUGGGUCAUGCUUUUGAGUCGACUCACUGCAUGGGUCAUGCUUUUGAGUCGACUCACUGCAUGGGUCAUGCUUUUGAGUCGACUCACUGCAUGGGUCAUGCUUUUGAGUCGACUCACUGCAUGGGUCAUGCUUUUGAGUCGACUCACUGCAUGGGUCAUGCUUUUGAGUCGACUCACUGCAUGGGUCAUGCUUUUGAGUCGACUCACUGCAUGGGUCAUGCUUUUGAGUCGACUCACUGCAUGGGUCAUGCUUUUGAGUCGACUCACUGCAUGGGUCAUGCUUUUGAGUCGACUCACUGCAUGGGUCAUGCUUUUGAGUCGACUCACUGCAUGGGUCAUGCUUUUGAGUCGACUCACUGCAUGGGUCAUGCUUUUGAGUCGACUCACUGCAUGGGUCAUGCUUUUGAGUCGACUCACUGCAUGGGUCAUGCUUUUGAGUCGACUCACUGCAUGGGUCAUGCUUUUGAGUCGACUCACUGCAUGGGUCAUGCUUUUGAGUCGACUCACUGCAUGGGUCAUGCUUUUGAGUCGACUCACUGCAUGGGUCAUGCUUUUGAGUCGACUCACUGCAUGGGUCAUGCUUUUGAGUCGACUCACUGCAUGGGUCAUGCUUUUGAGUCGACUCACUGCAUGGGUCAUGCUUUUGAGUCGACUCACUGCAUGGGUCAUGCUUUUGAGUCGACUCACUGCAUGGGUCAUGCUUUUGAGUCGACUCACUGCAUGGGUCAUGCUUUUGAGUCGACUCACUGCAUGGGUCAUGCUUUUGAGUCGACUCACUGCAUGGGUCAUGCUUUUGAGUCGACUCACUGCAUGGGUCAUGCUUUUGAGUCGACUCACUGCAUGGGUCAUGCUUUUGAGUCGACUCACUGCAUGGGUCAUGCUUUUGAGUCGACUCACUGCAUGGGUCAUGCUUUUGAGUCGACUCACUGCAUGGGUCAUGCUUUUGAGUCGACUCACUGCAUGGGUCAUGCUUUUGAGUCGACUCACUGCAUGGGUCAUGCUUUUGAGUCGACUCACUGCAUGGGUCAUGCUUUUGAGUCGACUCACUGCAUGGGUCAUGCUUUUGAGUCGACUCACUGCAUGGGUCAUGCUUUUGAGUCGACUCACUGCAUGGGUCAUGCUUUUGAGUCGACUCACUGCAUGGGUCAUGCUUUUGAGUCGACUCACUGCAUGGGUCAUGCUUUUGAGUCGACUCACUGCAUGGGUCAUGCUUUUGAGUCGACUCACUGCAUGGGUCAUGCUUUUGAGUCGACUCACUGCAUGGGUCAUGCUUUUGAGUCGACUCACUGCAUGGGUCAUGCUUUUGAGUCGACUCACUGCAUGGGUCAUGCUUUUGAGUCGACUCACUGCAUGGGUCAUGCUUUUGAGUCGACUCACUGCAUGGGUCAUGCUUUUGAGUCGACUCACUGCAUGGGUCAUGCUUUUGAGUCGACUCACUGCAUGGGUCAUGCUUUUGAGUCGACUCACUGCAUGGGUCAUGCUUUUGAGUCGACUCACUGCAUGGGUCAUGCUUUUGCGACUCACUGCAUGGGUCAUGCUUUUGAGUCGACUCACUGCAUGGGUCAUGCUUUUGAGUCGACUCACUGCAUGGGUCAUGCUUUUGAGUCGACUCACUGCAUGGGUCAUGCUUUUGAGUCGACUCACUGCAUGGGUCAUGCUUUUGAGUCGACUCACUGCAUGGGUCAUGCUUUUGAGUCGACUCACUGCAUGGGUCAUGCUUUUGAGUCGACUCACUGCAUGGGUCAUGCUUUUGAGUCGACUCACUGCAUGGGUCAUGCUUUUGAGUCGACUCACUGCAUGGGUCAUGCUUUUGAGUCGACUCACUGCAUGGGUCAUGCUUUUGAGUCGACUCACUGCAUGGGUCAUGCUUUUGAGUCGACUCACUGCAUGGGUCAUGCUUUUGAGUCGACUCACUGCAUGGGUCAUGCUUUUGAGUCGACUCACUGCAUGGGUCAUGCUUUGAGUCGACUCACUGCAUGGUCGACUCACUGCAUGGGUCAUGCUUUUGAGUCGACUCACUGCAUGGGUCAUGCUUUUGAGUCGACUCACUGCAUGGGUCAUGCUUUUGAGUCGACUCACUGCAUGGGUCAUGCUUUUGAGUCGACUCACUGCAUGGGUCAUGCUUUUGAGUCGACUCACUGCAUGGGUCAUGCUUUUGAGUCGACUCACUGCAUGGGUCAUGCUUUUGAGUCGACUCACUGCAUGGGUCAUGCUUUUGAGUCGACUCACUGCAUGGGUCAUGCUUUUGAGUCGACUCACUGCAUGGGUCAUGCUUUUGAGUCGACUCACUGCAUGGGUCAUGCUUUUGAGUCGACUCACUGCAUGGGUCAUGCUUUUGAGUCGACUCACUGCAUGGGUCAUGCUUUUGAGUCGACUCACUGCAUGGGUCAUGCUUUUGAGUCGACUCACUGCAUGGGUCAUGCUUUUGAGUCGACUCACUGCAUGGGUCAUGCUUUUGAGUCGACUCACUGCAUGGGUCAUGCUUUUGAGUCGACUCACUGCAUGGGUCAUGCUUUUGAGUCGACUCACUGCAUGGGUCAUGCUUUUGAGUCGACUCACUGCAUGGGUCAUGCUUUUGAGUCGACUCACUGCAUGGGUCAUGCUUUUGAGUCGACUCACUGCAUGGGUCAUGCUUUUGAGUCGACUCACUGCAUGGGUCAUGCUUUUGAGUCGACUCACUGCAUGGGUCAUGCUUUUGAGUCGACUCACUGCAUGGGUCAUGCUUUUGAGUCGACUCACUGCAUGGGUCAUGCUUUUGAGUCGACUCACUGCAUGGGUCAUGCUUUUGAGUCGACUCACUGCAUGGGUCAUGCUUUUGAGUCGACUCACUGCAUGGGUCAUGCUUUUGAGUCGACUCACUGCAUGGGUCAUGCUUUUGAGUCGACUCACUGCAUGGGUCAUGCUUUUGAGUCGACUCACUGCAUGGGUCAUGCUUUUGAGUCGACUCACUGCAUGGGUCAUGCUUUUGAGUCGACUCACUGCAUGGGUCAUGCUUUUGAGUCGACUCACUGCAUGGGUCAUGCUUUUGAGUCGACUCACUGCAUGGGUCAUGCUUUUGAGUCGACUCACUGCAUGGGUCAUGCUUUUGAGUCGACUCACUGCAUGGGUCAUGCUUUUGAGUCGACUCACUGCAUGGGUCAUGCUUUUGAGUCGACUCACUGCAUGGGUCAUGCUUUUGAGUCGACUCACUGCAUGGGUCAUGCUUUUGAGUCGACUCACUGCAUGGGUCAUGCUUUUGAGUCGACUCGCUGCAUGGGUCAUGCUUUUGAGUCGACUCGCUGCAUGGGUCAUGCUUUUGAGUCGACUCACUGCAUGGGUCAUGCUUUUGAGUCGACUCACUGCAUGGGUCAUGCUUUUGAGUCGACUCACUGCAUGGGUCAUGCUUUUGAGUCGACUCACUGCAUGGGUCAUGCUUUUGAGUCGACUCACUGCAUGGGUCAUGCUUUUGAGUCGACUCACUGCAUGGGUCAUGCUUUUGAGUCGACUCACUGCAUGGGUCAUGCUUUUGAGUCGACUCACUGCAUGGUCGACUCCUGCAUGGGUCAUGCUUUUGAGUCGACUCACUGCAUGGGUCAUGCUUUUGAGUCGACUCACUGCAUGGGUCAUGCUUUUGAGUCGACUCACUGCAUGGGUCAUGCUUUUGAGUCGACUCACUGCAUGGGUCAUGCUUUUGAGUCGACUCACUGCAUGGGUCAUGCUUUUGAGUCGACUCACUGCAUGGGUCAUGCUUUUGAGUCGACUCACUGCAUGGGUCAUGCUUUUGAGUCGACUCACUGCAUGGGUCAUGCUUUUGAGUCGACUCACUGCAUGGGUCAUGCUUUUGAGUCGACUCACUGCAUGGGUCAUGCUUUUGAGUCGACUCACUGCAUGGGUCAUGCUUUUGAGUCGACUCACUGCAUGGGUCAUGCUUUUGAGUCGACUCGCUGCAUGGGUCAUGCUUUUGAGUCGACUCGCUGCAUGGGUCAUGCUUUUGAGUCGACUCACUGCAUGGGUCAUGCUUUUGAGUCGACUCACUGCAUGGGUCAUGCUUUUGAGUCGACUCACUGCAUGGGUCAUGCUUUUGAGUCGACUCACUGCAUGGGUCAUGCUUUUGAGUCGACUCACUGCAUGGGUCAUGCUUUUGAGUCGACUCACUGCAUGGGUCAUGCUUUUGAGCCGACUCACUGCAUGGGUCAUGCUUUUGAGUCGACUCACUGCAUGGGUCAUGCUUUUGAGUCGACUCACUGCAUGGGUCAUGCUUUUGAGUCGACUCACUGCAUGGGUCAUGCUUUUGAGUCGACUCACUGCAUGGGUCAUGCUUUUGAGUCGACUCACUGCAUGGGUCAUGCUUUUGAGUCGACUCACUGCAUGGGUCAUGCUUUUGAGUCGACUCACUGCAUGGGUCAUGCUUUUGAGUCGACUCACUGCAUGGGUCAUGCUUUUGAGUCGACUCACUGCAUGGGUCAUGCUUUUGAGUCGACUCACUGCAUGGGUCAUGCUUUUGAGUCGACUCGCUGCAUGGGUCAUGCUUUUGAGUCGACUCGCUGCAUGGGUCAUGCUUUUGAGUCGACUCACUGCAUGGGUCAUGCUUUUGAGUCGACUCACUGCAUGGGUCAUGCUUUUGAGUCGACUCACUGCAUGGGUCAUGCUUUUGAGUCGACUCACUGCAUGGGUCAUGCUUUUGAGUCGACUCACUGCAUGGGUCAUGCUUUUGAGUCGACUCACUGCAUGGGUCAUGCUUUUGAGUCGACUCACUGCAUGGGUCAUGCUUUUGAGUCGACUCACUGCAUGGGUCAUGCUUUUGAGUCGACUCACUGCAUGGGUCAUGCUUUUGAGUCGACUCACUGCAUGGGUCAUGCUUUUGAGUCGACUCACUGCAUGGGUCAUGCUUUUGAGUCGACUCACUGCAUGGGUCAUGCUUUUGAGUCGACUCACUGCAUGGGUCAUGCUUUUGAGUCGACUCACUGCAUGGGUCAUGCUUUUGAGUCGACUCACUGCAUGGGUCAUGCUUUUGAGUCGACUCACUGCAUGGGUCAUGCUUUUGAGUCGACUCACUGCAUGGGUCAUGCUUUUGAGUCGACUCACUGCAUGGGUCAUGCUUUUGAGUCGACUCACUGCAUGGGUCAUGCUUUUGAGUCGACUCACUGCAUGGGUCAUGCUUUUGAGUCGACUCACUGCAUGGGUCAUGCUUUUGAGUCGACUCACUGCAUGGGUCAUGCUUUUGAGUCGACUCACUGCAUGGGUCAUGCUUUUGAGUCGACUCACUGCAUGGGUCAUGCUUUUGAGUCGACUCACUGCAUGGGUCAUGCUUUUGAGUCGACUCACUGCAUGGGUCAUGCUUUUGAGUCGACUCACUGCAUGGGUCAUGCUUUUGAGUCGACUCACUGCAUGGGUCAUGCUUUUGAGUCGACUCACUGCAUGGGUCAUGCUUUUGAGUCGACUCACUGCAUGGGUCAUGCUUUUGAGUCGACUCACUGCAUGGGUCAUGCUUUUGAGUCGACUCACUGCAUGGGUCAUGCUUUUGAGUCGACUCACUGCAUGGGUCAUGCUUUUGAGUCGACUCACUGCAUGGGUCAUGCUUUUGAGUCGACUCACUGCAUGGGUCAUGCUUUUGAGUCGACUCACUGCAUGGGUCAUGCUUUUGAGUCGACUCACUGCAUGGGUCAUGCUUUUGAGUCGACUCACUGCAUGGGUCAUGCUUUUGAGUCGACUCACUGCAUGGGUCAUGCUUUUGAGUCGACUCACUGCAUGGGUCAUGCUUUUGAGUCGACUCACUGCAUGGGUCAUGCUUUUGAGUCGACUCACUGCAUGGGUCAUGCUUUUGAGUCGACUCACUGCAUGGGUCAUGCUUUUGAGUCGACUCACUGCAUGGGUCAUGCUUUUGAGUCGACUCACUGCAUGGGUCAUGCUUUUGAGUCGACUCACUGCAUGGGUCAUGCUUUUGAGUCGACUCACUGCAUGGGUCAUGCUUUUGAGUCGACUCACUGCAUGGGUCAUGCUUUUGAGUCGACUCACUGCAUGGGUCAUGCUUUUGAGUCGACUCACUGCAUGGGUCAUGCUUUUGAGUCGACUCACUGCAUGGGUCAUGCUUUUGAGUCGACUCACUGCAUGGGUCAUGCUUUUGAGUCGACUCACUGCAUGGGUCAUGCUUUUGAGUCGACUCACUGCAUGGGUCAUGCUUUUGAGUCGACUCACUGCAUGGGUCAUGCUUUUGAGUCGACUCACUGCAUGGGUCAUGCUUUUGAGUCGACUCACUGCAUGGGUCAUGCUUUUGAGUCGACUCACUGCAUGGGUCAUGCUUUUGAGUCGACUCACUGCAUGGGUCAUGCUUUUGAGUCGACUCACUGCAUGGGUCAUGCUUUUGAGUCGACUCACUGCAUGGGUCAUGCUUUUGAGUCGACUCACUGCAUGGGUCAUGCUUUUGAGUCGACUCACUGCAUGGGUCAUGCUUUUGAGUCGACUCACUGCAUGGGUCAUGCUUUUGAGUCGACUCACUGCAUGGGUCAUGCUUUUGAGUCGACUCACUGCAUGGGUCAUGCUUUUGAGUCGACUCACUGCAUGGGUCAUGCUUUUGAGUCGACUCACUGCAUGGGUCAUGCUUUUGAGUCGACUCACUGCAUGGGUCAUGCUUUUGAGUCGACUCACUGCAUGGGUCAUGCUUUUGAGUCGACUCACUGCAUGGGUCAUGCUUUUGAGUCGACUCACUGCAUGGGUCAUGCUUUUGAGUCGACUCACUGCAUGGGUCAUGCUUUUGAGUCGACUCACUGCAUGGGUCAUGAACGUAAGAUGGAAGGCAAGUAG